CCCUACCCACCCGCCAUACAGUCCACUGAUCUAUGCCUUCCUCCGCAGCAACUUCUGGACGAAUACCCGAAAUGUUUUAUCGUAGGCGUGGAUAACGUGGGGUCAAAGCAGAUGCAACAGAUCCGCCAAUCCCUGCGCAACGACGCGGUGCUCCUCAUGGGUAAGAAUACGAUGAUCCGGAAGGCCAUCAGAGGACACUUGGAGAACAACCCGGCGCUCGAGAAGCUGUUGCCGCACAUCAAAGCCAACGUCGGCUUCGUCUUCACGAACCUCGAGUUAGUGGACGUCAGGGAUAAGAUCCUCGAGAAUAAGGUGAGCGCACCCGCGAAGGCCGGCGCCAUCGCACCGGUAGACGUGUUCAUCGCGGCGCAGAACACAGGGUUGGGACCCGAGAAGACAUCCUUCUUCCAGGCGCUGUCCAUUCCCACGAAGAUCUCGAAGGGAACCAUCGAAAUAUUGAAUGAGAUCCAUUUGAUCAAAAAGGAGGACAAAGUGGGCGCCUCUGAGGCCACUCUACUGAAUAUGUUGAACGUCUCUCCCUUCACGUACGGCCUAAUCAUCCGUCAGGUGUACGACUCGGGCACUGUCUUCGAUCCCGAGAUUCUGGACAUCACUCCGGAGGACUUGCGCGCGAAGUUCUUGGCGGGCGUUCGCAACGUUGCGGCCGUCUCAUUGGCGAUCGGUUACCCGACGGUCGCCUCUGCGCCGCACUCUAUCGUCAACGGACUCAAGAACUUGAUCGCUGUGGCCGUCGAGACUGACAUCAACUUCGCGGCCGCCGAGAGAGCGAAGGAGUACCUGAAGGACCCGUCGAAGUUCGCUGCUGCGGCCGCUCCGGCAGCUGCAGCGCCCGCGAAGGGCGGCUCUCCUGCCAAAGAGGCCAAGAAGGAGGAGUCCGAAGAGGAAGAGGAUGACGACAUGGGUUUCGGUCUUUUCGAUUAG